AUGUCUGUAAAAACAGUUCUAUUAUUUCGAUCAAAAACAGAUGAUGCAUCAAAUGAAGAUGUUUAUGAAAAGUUAUUACAUGAUCAUGGUUAUCAUGUAAAAACAAUCUCACCUAUUCAAUUUCGUUUCAUAAAUAUUGAUUUACUAUCUACAAAACUAAAAUCACAUGAUUAUUAUGGUCUUAUAUUUACAAGUAAACGAGCUGUUGAAGCUGUUCAACGAGUUCUUACAGAUAAUGAUCGACAACGAUGGCAACGAAUCUAUGUCGAAGGACCAGCUACAGGCACACUAGUUAAAGAACUUUUUGGUUCAACAACUAAGAUUCUUGGUGCUGAAUCUGGUGGAAGUGAACUAUUAGCUGAUUUUAUUAUCAAAGAUGUACGAGAUAUAGAAGGUACAGUAAAUCUUCUAUUUCCAUGUGCACAAGCUCGAUUAGAUCUACUUCCAAAACGACUUUCAAGUGAAAGAGCAAUUCAUCUGGAUGAAAUAAUUGUGUAUGAAACAAUACCAUCGGAUAGUCUUGAACAGGAAUUAAAUGAAUAUCUUAAAAAUCAUGGCGUACCGAAUGUUAUCGGUUUCUUCAGUCCAAGUGGAUUUGAUAGUGUAUUCAAAGCAAGUCAACGAAUUGGUCUUGAUCUAACAAAUAAUAAAAUUGUUUUAAUUAGUUUUGGCAAGACAACAAGUGCUGCUAUUCGAAAUUGUCUUGAAUCAUCAUCAUUUGAUGAACGUUCAUGUCUGAAACCAACUGCUGAAGAAUUUCUUCGAGUUGUACAAAAUAUUCAAUAG